AUACCACAGGAAGGAAACGACCGGAUACGGGCCCCCAGACGCCCUGUGAAAACUAUCACACGAAUAAUACAAAAACUAUUCCGUUCCACCGAAUUUAACCUUAGUAUAAAUAACAGUGCAAUACUGAAAUGACAUCAGUCUCUAAACGUCGGUAACAAUCACAUCAACAAUGAUGUUGACACAAGUUUUCACCCUCGCCCUGGUUGCGUUGUCAGCAGCUCACAAAGUAGAGCUAGCUGAUGAGAAGACUCCCUACGAUUAUGUGAAAGAACGUUUGGACGCUCUCGGAACUGACGGGAAAACUGGAUUGCCUUUAUCCAAUAGUUAUGAAGUGGAAGAAAGUGAAGAUUAUCCUGAACAAAUAGAAGGAGCUGCCUCUACUGUUUUGAAUACUGUUACUGGUGUUGGUGGAGUUGGUGGAGUUGGCGGAAUCGGUGUUGGUGGACUGGGCUUAGGCCAAGGACUCGGCUACGGUGGUAUCGGACUAGGAGGCAUUGGCCAAGGAUUGGGACUCGGACUCGGUGUUGGCGGUGUUGGCGUCGGUGGUGCUGGUGUGGGUGGAGUUGGCGGUGUUGGUGUUGGUGGCGUUGGUGGUGUCGGAGGAGUUGGAGGCGUUGGUUUUGGCAACGGAGUCGGCCUUAUCCACCCUGGAAUCGGCGGAUUGGGAGUUGGAGGUAUCGGUCUAGGAAACGGUUUGUUGUACCACCCCCUGAUCGGACAGCAAGUGAGUGGUGGAUACGUUGACAAAAAUGCUUACGAUGCCGCUCAGAAAAAGGGUGCUGGAGAGAAUUUAGAAAAAAUAGAAAAGAAAGCUGAGGAGGAAGUCAAACAUGGCCAGGAAGGUUACCAACAGGGUGCUGCCGCCGCUUUAGCUGCUAAGGGCGAAUCAAGUUUUUACAAGGAUGAAGAAGCAAAGAAAAAAGCCGCCGGUGACGAGAAAUUUUACGAAGGCAACUCGAAACUCGAUAAACAUGGUGCUAACGAGGAACAGGUGAAAAAGGCCAAGAGCCACAAGAAAGGUCACGUAAGCAAGGGUUUCAAGAGUUCUAGUAGCAAGAAUGAAGAGGAAAAAACUGAGAGCUUCUACGACGAGGCCCAUGACGAGGCUGAUCAUAAGCUUGCUGGACACAACGCUGGUUCCUUCGGCGAGAACGCUCAGCAAGGAUUCAAGGGAGCUCAUGAAGAGAAGAUUUUGGAUGCUAACGCUCAAGGCAAGGAAGGACAUCACGUGUCUGAGCAGAAGAUCGAUGACUCCAAGUCUAAUAAGGGCGAAUACCUGCAGAAAGGCUACAAGGGUGGUGCCGAAGUCCUGGAGAAAUUCAACAACCUCGGAGCUCACUCUGUGCAUGGACAUCAAGAGGCUACAGGCGGCUACCAACAGAACAAGGGAAUCCUGCCCAUCCACCGUUAAAAAAUGUUCCUUUUGAUCAACGGAUG